AUGGGCUUCACCACCGGCUUUACCGGCGGUGUUACACUGACCCUCUCCCUCGCCUACCUUUCAGUGCUCGCUCACCAACGUACUCGUGAGCAACAAGGCUCAGCACUUCGCGCCCAAGCUCUUGCUCUUCAGGGCUUGAUCGAUCCUUUGCCACCGCUGCCACCACCCACGCGGUCCGAAGUUGCUGCUGCUCAGAGGGCCAAGACUGUCGAGAUCGCCAAGGACCGAUGGAACACUGAAGUCGAGAACGCAGCGCGAUGGGUACAGCACACCGAUUGGGUUCAAGUGCGCGAAGGCCUUGAGGAGACUGCAUCACGACUUUGGGCUCGAGCUGUCGGCGCUAGCCCUUCAGAAGUUGUCGAGGAGGCUGGACAAAAAGCAAAGGCGGCCGAGCAACGGGCCAAGCCCUUUGUGAAAGAGGAGGCCGCUAAGCUCGGCGACGCCAGUGGAAAGGUUGCUGCGGCAGCUAAGAGCGCUUAUAAGAAGGCAAAGGCUGAGAGCAAGGAGUUUGCUAGCAUUGCUCUGGAUCACAGCAAGGAUAAGGAAAACGUCGAUAUUGCUCAAGAGGACGGAGCUCUUUCCGCGCUGACUCCUGUGGAACGAGCCCUGCAGCAACGAUUUAACAAGCCCGAGGACAAGGUGAACAAAACGGUGGAGGAUGCACUGAACGAGCGAUACAAGCCUAUGGACUCCAGGGACAACACACAACUGAGGGGAGUCUAA